ACGACAUAACAGCGACACCAUUAUAAAUAGAUCUUUAUCGUAACAUCUGGGAACCAUGGCUGUCAGGGUCUUCAGAGGUUUGGUCCACAAGAGGACCAAAAAGUUCAGACGUUUCCAGUCUGACCGCUUCAAGCGUGUCAAGGAAAGCUGGAGGAAGCCCAAGGGUAUUGAUUGUCGUGUUAGGCGUCGUUUUAAGGGUACCGUCCUUACUCCUAAAAUCGGUUACGGUACUGACAAGAGGACUCGCCACAAGCUGCCCAGUGGCUACUACAAGGUUGUUGUCAACAACCCGGCAGAGGUUGACAUUUUGCUUAUGCACAACAAGACCCAUGUGGCCGAGAUUGCGCACAGCGUCUCCGCUAAGAAGAGGCGUGUCAUCGUUGACCGUGCCAAGAAGCUUGGUAUCAAGGUCACCAACGCCGGUGCUAGGCUGAGAGUUGAAGAAAAGGAGUAACCUAGUUUAAUUUGCUCCUUGUUAU